GCCCCCCGCCAGCGCCGCAAUCCCGCCACUGUAUUGUCCUCCUCGGCACCGAGCGAUCUGAUCCGCCGAACCAGAAAGACACCCGAUGGGGGAGAGAAGCAAAGUGGAAAAAAACCGACGUCCCUGCUCUCCAGAAGGGAGACCCCGGCGGCGCCGCCGAGCCCCGAGCCCUCCGCGGCCGCCCGGCGCGAGCUCCCGGGCGGGGCGCUGUCCAGCGCUCACAGAGUUAAAGGCAUCAUCGCAGCCAUUAGAGGGAAAAGUUGCGGCGCCGCGAGCCCAGCGAAGUCCUCAGCCCGCCCCACUUGCCCACUCCCCACUUCCCGAGCCGGCUCCGUGUUUAGGGAGGGCAGUGAUCACGCAAGCCGGAGCGGCGGGCUGACGUUGGACGAGCUGCCAGGUAGCUGGAAGCAGGCAACCAGGCAGCCGAGACACUUCCCAGCGAUUCCAGCCUGGGCUCCGCAGGAAGCCUCGCUGAAUCCCAGCCAGCUGGUUCUAACCUUCCAGAAUCGCAAUCCCUUCUCCCCACAGCCAGCCCUCGCCGAGCAAGCAGCAGGAUGUUUGCAGUGUCGCGCCCAGGGCUCUGAGACUGAGCCUGCCAUCCACUCGCACGCCUUUCUUUCAGGGCUUUUCGGCUGUUGGCAACACCGAUGUGACCCCCCCUCCCUUUUUGGAAUGAUGGGGAUCUUUUUGGUGUAUGUUGGAUUUGUUUUCUUUUCCGUUUUGUAUGUACAACAAGGGCUUUCUUCUCAAGCAAAAUUUACCGAGUUUCCGCGGAACGUGACGGCGACCGAGGGGCAGAAUGUGGAGAUGUCCUGCGCCUUCCAGAGCGGCUCCGCCUCGGUGUAUCUGGAGAUCCAAUGGUGGUUCCUGCGGGGGCCGGAGGACCUGGAGCCCGGAGCCGAGGGGGCCGGCGCGCAGGUGGAGCUCUUGCCCGACAGAGACCCGGACAGCGACGGGACCAAGAUCAGCACAGUGAAAGUCCAAGGCAAUGACAUCUCCCACAAGCUUCAGAUUUCCAAAGUGAGGAAAAAGGAUGAAGGCUUAUACGAGUGCAGGGUGACUGAUGCCAACUACGGGGAGCUUCAGGAACACAAGGCCCAGGCCUAUCUGAAAGUCAAUGCCAACAGCCAUGCCCGCAGAAUGCAGGCCUUCGAAGCCUCGCCCAUGUGGCUGCAGGAUAUGAAGCCCCGCAAGAACGUCUCCGCAGCCGUCCCCAGCAGCAUCCAUGGCUCUGCCAACCAACCAACGCACUCCACCUCCAGCCCUCAAGCGGUAGCCAAAAUCCCCAAACAAAGUCCACAAUCAGCAAAGAGCAAAUCGCCUGUAAAAUCUACGGAGCGGACAGCAAAGUUGACCCUAAACUCCAAGCACCACCCUGCACCCACUGUACUCUAAUUCACUAUACAAGGAGCGCCUGCUUCCGGAAGCAUAAAUGAAGAGGCUAUCACAUGCUUUGUUGAUCAUAUUUUCUUUGGCAAAACACUGAUCUUUUAUUUUAAAAGAAUUAGUGUGAAGUGAUAGAACGUUUUCUAAUAGCAAGAUCUAUUUUUUUCCCUUUUCUUUCGGGGACUAAAAUCAUCUCACUGACUGCUCAAGGGUUGGCCUGAAUGUCAUCAGGAUAGGGAAUAUUUACUAUGGAUACCACUAAUUUCCUACUAAAGGACCCAGCAUCUUCAGGAAGCAAACAGAGAUCAAAAGGCUACAGAACAGAAGCUAUCAUCAGACAAAACCCCCUUUUUAGGGCAAGAACAAAACUAUCAACACUGCAAGUCAACAAGGAGGACAUUACUCUAAAUAAGGAAUAACAUGAGAAAGAAUUUUUUUUUUAUUUUCCCCUUUUUUCUUGGAUUUUUCUUCUUUUUCUUGAUUAUAGUUCUUGUUCAAUGGUGGCAAGUGCUGGUUAUGGCCAAUCUCCGUCAAUCCUAGGAGGUUUAUAGAACUACAUUUUGAGUGUUCUAUAUUUCAAUGUAUUUUAAUUCAUUUUGCAAUUCCUGUAUAUGCAAACCUGACAAAUUCUGUAAAUUGCUUAUAGUAUGUGUGCUAUAACUUCAAAGUAGAUGUACUGCGACCCUCAUGCAAGCUGAUUUUUAUCAUUAUAUAUAUAAAUAUAUACUUAAGAAUAUCUAUGUGUUGGGCCACUGACCAACUUUUUUUGACCAAGCAUUUGUUUUUCGUUGAUAAUUCAUACACUGCGUGAAUUUUGUAAUUCAUUGUUCCACAGGUUUGACAGCUGCAGAUGGUCUCUCUUGUCCUCUGCUUCAUUCUGGAAAGUGCAUAUUCAAAAUUGUAUCAGUUUCUGAUCGAUGAAUUAAUUUUGUUACAUCUGUGCUAAGUUGGAAUUUGCUGUGUUCCUUUAUACAUGGUGUUUACUGAGGUUCGAGAGUCUCUUGACUCUGAAGAAUGUACACUCUCUGGUUUUGACAGCUAUUUCUGUAUUAUUAUCAUUAUACUCUUGUCAAAUAGAAAUGUUGCUUCUAGAAAAUUUGCCUCGGAGGCAAAUGUGGGGAAGGUGAAGCACUCACCAUAAUUCCCUAAAUUCAUGUUAGAACAUUUCUUGCUAUGGUUAAAAAUGCUGCUUCCUUUGACCUUUAUGAAUUUCUGUACCUUUGUCAUUCUGUUAUUUGCUGCUAAUUAUAUUUUAAUGUCUCCUAAUUAAAAAUUAAAAUUUGGUUGUUGGCUAAAUACAAUAUGCAAAAGAUGAUGGCAGGUCCCCGGCUAAAGAAGAUUAAUGUGUUCAGUUUUCACUGGUUAAGUGAAUUAUAAUUUUAAAUACCCCAUUCUUAUUUUUGGCUUUAUGAUAAUUCAGACUAUUUUAUUUUGAACCUGUUUUCCACUCUGGCAAAGAAAGAUAGGCAGAACUAUUAAACUGUUCCAUAUACAUUAUGGAAUAGAUAUAGCUUGAGAGAUAAAUGACCUAAGUUUUCCUUCCAGAGAGAUUCUUCCAUUUUCUCUCAUUACAAAACCAGAAGAUCAGCUAUGUGGGGCCAUCAGCUUCCAGCCUAAGGUCCUAUAACCCGAAGCUUGAAGGCAAUCAGUACCUCUGCUUUUCAAAGGUAAAUGCAUUCAUUUUCUUUGAUUCAGUUAUAAGCAAGUAUAUAUUUUCAUAAUAUUCUUGACAUUACCUGAGAAAUAAUAUUUCAUGCUAAAUCUUUUACUGCCACUUUUCUCAUUCAUUUGGUUUAUCUUUUCAAUUUAAUGAGAAAAAUUAAUAAAGGUUUUGAUUGCACUAUUUUAUUAACCUAGAAAUUUAUUUUCUUUCAAAGUUUAAUACUUAAAAUGCAUAAAAUAAUGGUAAGAUAAACACCAUCUAUUAAGUUUAUCUGGGCCUUAAAGAUUGCAUACAUUAAAGCAUAAGUAAGUAUACUGUUUCAAAUUCAGUCAAGUUGGGAAAAAUCUACAUGUAAUGUACUUUUACCCAAAAUUUAGGUCAUGAGAUUGGUCAUUUCCAAAGCAACACAGACUUGUACCUGUAUCAGCAACGUUUACCAUGCUCAUAAUCAAAGAUGUGUGCUAGUUUGGAAUGAGCUACUACGCUCAUUGUAUCAGUGUCCAAAAUAAUGAAGAUUUAUCUGUCACUGUGCCACCAAGAGUCCAACUCAGUGGCUACUUUGAGAAAGAACAUGGUGCACUAUUUGCUUCACACUCAAGAAGUUAAUACGGAACCUUAAAAAUUGGAACAGAAACUAAAACAAAUUAAAAAGAUCUUUCAGAGAUUUUAACCUUAUAUUUUGUCUCUGCAACUAUAACUUUGUAAAUAACCAUAACUAUGAAUAUGAAUAAAGAUUUAAAAAUAAGUUAUCAGACAUUCUCAACCUUGUUUCCAAGGUUAUGUAAUGUUUAUCAUAAGAGAGAAUCCUAAAAUAUUAAAAUUGCUUACUUGAAUUUAAGUUGAAUGCUUUUGUUCUUUCUUAAAGACUUAUAAAUUGCUUGCAAUAAAAUAAUGCAAAUGAAAACACAUGAGGGUAAAAUAAUAAAAUAAGAUAAAAAUUAUUUAAAGCAGAAGCCGCUAGUCGGAGUUAGCAAAUAAGCUUAGUGGAGUUCAUGAACCCACUGGAAUUCCAUGUAUAUUUUUGCAUAUCUGUUUUAUGGAGGUGGUCCUUCAUACAGCCAGUCAAUUCAUUGAUUCUGAGUGAUUUGAUUAUGAUUUGCUGGCCUAAAAGAAGAAUGUUUAGAUUAUUUUGAGCAUCUAAGAAAACCUGAUAGUUAUAAUUUUGAACUGGUUUGCCUUAAAGUUCUUGAAUAUAAUUUAGGAAGGUAUGUUAAGACACACGUGUGGGUGUGUGCGGGGUGGGGGGGUACAAAAAAACACAUUUUUAAGUUCAGAAAGAAAGCCAUAGCAAUUUGUUAUAAACAGCAUGGACUAAUGAUACAGGAUGAUGCUGGUUGAAUUUUCAAGACUAGCAAUGUAACUUUGCAAUGGAUACGUAGAUGCCAUUCAAAUAAGUGGUUCUGUUAUUUAUCCUAUAUUUUUUUAAAGUAAAAAAUAUUAAACAUAACUUAGUUUGUAUAAGAAAAAUAAUUGCAGGAGGUAAAUGUAACCUGUCUGAGAUAACACAUAAAACUCUGAUGAUUGUAUUUUGGAGUUAAGACUAUGAAGCUAAAAAAUAUGUGUGCACAUAAUUUCAAAUAUUAGGCCCAAGUAAUUUUAUUUUCAGAACUGCUUAUUAAUUAUGGGAGCACUCAGUGUUUCAGGAAGUGUUAAGACUUCAGGGUUUCAGCAAUGAAAUUGAUAAGGCUCUUCCCAGAUCUAGGAAGAGAUAGACAAUAAACAUUCAAAAGCAAGAACAUAAGAUACUGGUAAAUUCUAAGAAGAAAACCCAAUAGGAUGAUAUACAGGGGUAUGACUAGGAGGUCAGAGGAGGCUGCUCUGAGGAGGUGGCAUUAUGCAAAUCUGAAUGAUAGGAAGCCUGGCAAGAGAUCUGGGAGCAGAGCCUUCCAGGGAAAAGGAAGGACUUGUGCAAAACCCCAGAGGCGAAGUCCAUCUAGGCUUGCUCAAGGACUAGAAAGAGGACAAGAGCAUUAAGUGUGGGGAGAGUGGCGAGAGGCAAGAUCAUCAGGCAAGGGCGCCUCAGACAAGACCACGCCAAGGGGAGAGUACAGGGCAGAGCAGGACUGUGUGGAAAUUCCAACAUGAAUGACUUCCAAAAUCAGGACACAGGCUCUCUCCCCAGCCUGACCUCUUCUGGUGCUUAACUAACUUGUUAGCAAAACUCCUUGGGGCACAGCACUGAGUCUUCCGGCCAGGCUGCCCCUUUUUAUUGACAUGGCAGGGAUACAGGAGGCACGAGAGACUGUAACUUUCUAGAGUUAGAAUGCCUCUAGUAACUCUAGAGACAUUUUAGUGCUAAUUUACAAUUGAUCUGGCAAAGAAAGGUAGGCAGAACUAUUAAAGUGUUCAAUUUCCUUCCAGAGAGAUUCUUCCAUUUUCUCUCAUUACAAAACCAGAAGAUCAGCUAUGUGGGGCCAUCAGCUCCCAGCCUAAGGUCCUGUAACCCAAAGCUUGAAGGCAAUCAGUACCUUUGCUUUACAGUUGAUCACUUUGAGGAGCCAAAGGAAAGAGUGAAAGAUUAGGACCGCUUUGAGUGGAGAUGGCACUGAACUCGUUGUAAUAACUACAAAUGCAAUUUAAAAUAAAAGCAUGAGUAUAUAAAUUGAAAGGGCAGGUGGACAGAAAGAAGAGACUGACUCCUAGACAGGUGCUGAGAAAGCAGUGUAAUUAAAAAGUUAAGGAAGGGAAAGGAGCUACAACAUAUACACCACACACACACACACACACACACACACACACACAUAUUAUCAGACAUUCAAAAAAUUAGAUCUUAGACUCCACAAUACAAACCCCAGAGGACAAUGGAUUACAGUGUUGUCAGGGGAGAAAUAUUGUGAUAAAAUCAUUGCAUACUUAGUUAUGUUUUCAUUGUUAAAGAAAUAGACCAUUUUGAGGUAGUUAAA